CCAUUCGACCUCAUGUGAACUUGUCCCCCUUUUGCCAGAGGAUUUCUAAUAGGGUUGAGGGCUUAACAGGACCUAGAAACGUGUCACUCGCGUCUUAAGAUCCUUGUCAAGGGCUCUGUGGAUUUGAUGCUGCCAGGGAAAGAUGCUGUACAAGGUGACUCUACGGCUGCUGGGCGCCAUCAUGGUUCUCAACACCUGCACUGGAAGUGACGGUGUACCGGAGAAAAGGCAGGCAUGCGCUGACAGCAUCAGCAACUGCGAAAACUACGGGCGAGCUGCCUGCACCAGCUACCAGGCCUGGGCACAACACAACUGCCCCAAAUUCUGCGGCUUCUGUUCAGGAGGCGGCCAGACUCCGACUGACACCUGUGUGGACACCCUGGACAACUGUGCGGCUCUGGGUGCGAAUGUGUGCAAAGACUACGUGGAGUUCUCAAACAUUAACUGCCAGAGAACCUGCAAUUUCUGUGGCACGAGCAGUCCCAGUGCUAGUGGCGGCGCCUGUGUGGACAAGCUGACGAACUGCGCAGACUAUGACAGCUCCUCGUGUACUGGCCAAUAUCGGCCGUGGGCGCAGGACAACUGUGCGAAGACCUGUAACCUCUGCAGUAACACCGGUAGUGUGACCCCACACCCGGGGACGACAGGAACCUGCGCGGACAAGCUGACCAACUGCGCAUCGUUCGAUGUCUCCACGUCGUGUCACGGCCAGUACGAGGCCUGGGCACGUGACAACUGCGCCAAGACGUGCAACCUGUGCAGCAGCACCGGCACACAGGGAGGAACACAAACCCCAGGCACUCAGACUUUCUACUCGGACGUAUGCUACUACAAGGGGCAGUCGUACAAAGAGGGGCAGCAGUGGAAAGAUGGAUGCGAGAAGAACUGCACCUGCGUAGACCAGCGACGAGGUUACUACUUGUGUCAAGAUCUGUGCCCCACGUUCUCCAACGUCCCUCCUCAGUGUCAAAUGGUCAAGAAUCCCGGGGAAUGCUGCAGCACACUGACCAACUGCCCACCGACCACCGGUUGUGAGUACAAAGGAGAAGUCCACCAGCAAGGCCAGGAGUGGAUUGAUGGCUGCACCUACAGGUGCACCUGCAAAGAUGGCACUACUGGUUAUUAUGAAUGCCAGGCAUUGUGUGUCCAGUGGAACCUGCUCCCCUCUUGCACUUUGAAUGAUCCAGCGCCUGGCAAAUGCUGCUCAACUCCAAACUGUCCUGCCAAUGUUGUUAUCAAUUAUCCAGAAGGAUACACUCCUAUGUAACACCUUCUCUUAAAAGCCACCAGCUUGUUAGAUAUUGCAAACACUUUUUAAGGGUUUCUAAAUGCACUAUCACACUCCUUUUCCAAAUCCCCCACCUAUCUUUAUUUCAUACCCAAAAAGGCACAGGUGUGUUUCAUCAGCAUCAUCCAACAGAAAGAUGUGCUGAAGAGAUAGUUACACAGGGACAAAGAUACUUUAGGCUGGGAAACUAUUAGUUAACCAACUUCUUUUAGACAAAUGAAAUAUUAAAGACUAACAUGAACUUCAGUACUGCAUCAUAAAUUACUAACACUUUCUCACCUUCUAUUGUUUUUAUACAGCAUACUCUAUAUUACUUUAGCAUGUAGAAGAAUUUUUAUUUUAUUUACUUUAUCCAAAGAAUACCUCAAAACAUUUGAUCUCCAUAAAAGGAAAGCUGUAUGCCAACAAUUAUGAGAAAAGCGGAUUGAAUCAAAUGAAAUAAAGGAUGAUCUGCAGUUA